AGGGAGGUGGGUUCUACAUUCUGGAGAGAGCCUGAGCCUCCACCAGUGGGGCCAUGGCUGCCAACAGUGCUGUGAGCAGAGAGCAGAUGGAUUUCUGGGGUGGGAUGAUGUUCAUGAGGAACAGCGUCACCCCUACAGAGAGAAAAAUUGUCUGGGAUGCAGUGGCUGGCUACAUCCAACAACAGCUGAUGCUGCACAAGGGCAUCCGAAUUCCCACCCUUGGGUCCUUUGAUGUGGCCCACACAGAGACUCUGGUGGGGAACAAGACUGUGAGCCUGCAGAGGCCAGUGUUCCACCUGGCCAGGAACCUUGGAGAUGUCCAGAACCUGGAAAAUAAGGAUGACCUGGCUGGGGAUAAGGAGCUGGAGCCUCUGAAAUAUGCCAAGGUGGCCAUGGAGGCCUCUGUGUCCCGGGGGAAAGUGGAGUCCUGCAUCCUUGGCACCACAUCCCUGCUGCACCACUGCCUGGAGAAGGGCGUGAGCGUUGCCUUUGUCCUGAAGGACGUGGGUGUGCUCCUCAUCGAAGGCAGCACGGUGCAAACGAGAUUCUACCUGGACUUCCUGAAGAAAGUGAUUGGGAAGAGCAUCAAGGACAAGGCUACGCUCAAGGCUCUCCAGCAGCUGGACAUGGUGGUGUCCCGGGACGUGCCCAUCACCUCCCUGAGCUUCUCUGGCCGUGUCAUCGUCUUCCCCAACUUUGAACAGACGCUUCUGCACACAUUACUGUCCAGGGAUCAGCUCAAGGACUUUGGAUUUGUUCCUGGGGAGGACAAGAGGGACAUUACAGGUUUGCCACCCAUCAGGCGAAGCAUGGAAGGGACACAUCCUGGCCUGCCCGUGCCUGCUCGCCAGGGCUCCACUGCCAAGGCAGGAGAGCAGCCUGGGGAUGAGGAGGUGAUGGAGAUGAGGCAGAGCUCUGGGGUCAGGAAGCUGUCAGUGAUGCCAGGGGCUGCUGCUGGAAAAAAGGAGCCAGUGACUGACCCAGCCAAGGGCAAACCUGUGCCCAAGGGCCAAGAGCUGAAGCAGAGUGACCAAGAGGCAGCAGCAACAGAGAGGGGCAGAGGAGGAAGAGGAGAAAGAAAAGAUUCUCUCUCUCGAGAUGGAGAAAAGAAAGUUCCACUUGGAAAAGAAGGAGAAAGAAGGGAAUCUCUUGGAGGAGAAAAAGCUCAUCUUGGGAGAGAUGGAAAAAAGAAAGUUCCACUUGGAAAAGAUGGAGAAAGAAGGGAAUCUACUGGAGGAGAAGGAGAAAAAACUCCUCUUGGGAGAGACAGAGAAAAGAAAGUUCAACUUGGAAAAGAAAGAAGGGAAUCUCUUGAAGGAGAAAAAGCUCGUCUUGGGAGAGACAGAGAAAAAGUUCAAGUUGGAAAAGGAGGAGAAAGAAGGGAAUCUCUUGGAAGAGGAGGAGAAAAAACUCCUCUUGGGAGAGAUGGAGAAAACAAAGUUAAACUUGGAAAAGGAGGAGAAAGAAGGGAAUCUCUUGGAAGAAAAGGAGAAAAAGCUCGUCUUGGGACAGAUGGAGAAAAGAAAGUUCAACUUGGAAAAGAAAGAAGGGAAUCUCUCGUAGGAGAAAAAUCUCAUCUUGGGAGAGAUGGAGAAAACAAAGUUAAACUUGGAAAAGGAGAAAGAAGGGAAUCACUUGGAAGAGAAGGAGAAAAAGCUCCUCUUGGGAGAGAUGUAGAAAAGAAAGUUCAACUUGGAAAAGGAGGAGAAAGAAGGGAAUCUCUUGGAAGAAAAGGAGAAAAAGCUCGUCUUGGAAGAGAAGGAAAAAGCAAAGAUUCUCACAGAAGAGAAGAACAAAACACAGAUUCUUCUAGAAGAGAAGGAGAAAAAAAAGUUCUACGAGUAAGAGAAAAAGAAGCAAAAGAUGCUGCUGGAAGUGAAGGAGAAAAGAAAGCUCGCCCCAAAACAGGAGAAAAUAAAGUUUCUCCCAGAAGAAAAGGACAAAAGAAAGUUCCCCUUGGAAGAGAAGGAGCAAAGUUUUGUCUCAAAAGAGAAGAAGUGAAAUAUCUCCUUGAGAGAGAAAGAGAAAAGAGACUUCUUUGUGGCAGAGGAGGAGAAAGGGCAGUGCCUGCUGAGGGCACAGCAGUGCUGUGGGGUGGCCAGGGCAGGAAAGCCCCGGAGCACAAGGUGUUCAUCGUGCAGCAGCGAGGGGCUGAGGCAGCACAGGGCCUGAGAGCCAGGCCUGAGGCCUUCUGGUCCGUGCUCAAAGAGCCCCAGAGGAGCAUUUUGGCAGGGUACAGGUUCGAGUCCUCCCGCCUGCUGCCCCCCCUGUCCCUGCAGGGCGCCCCGCCCGUGCUGAAGAAGAGAGAAAAGGUCUCCAGGGGCCCCUGGCCCUGGGUGGAGUGAGCAGCACCUGAGGAGGCAAAGCAGGGACAUGGCUGGAACAGCAGCUGCCAUUCUGUGCUUCCUCCUGGGAGUGCAGAGUUAGAGAGGAAAUCUUCAAAAAUCCUCCAGUUCUGCUGGGCGCCAUGGCCAAGGUUCCACCACUGAUCCAUCUCCAGGGCUGAGAUGAUCCACCUCCUUUUCCAACAGCAAGGAGCCUCAGAACACAGCAUCUCUGGGGUUGGAGAAAGCCUGACUCAGCACAAGGCUUCUCUUUGCAUCCCCACUGGGAAAACAAAGCCCCUCUGGGAGGGUCUGGCAAAGGCUGAGAACAAAGUGCUGCUGCAGAGAGC